UCAAGGAGUGGACUUUCAGAAGACCAGGUAGUACAUCACAAUCUACUGUUAAAAACUAAUAAAAAGGAUUUUACUUGCGUAAUUGAAUAUAGCUGUGACGAUACUUUGGAGAUCAAGGAAGAAAUUAUUUUUGAUGAUAAAGAGGCUAUCAUUCCUAAAGGUAAUGCAAAUCAUGAGCCAAAAUUGUGCGUAUAUAUGAAAAAGGAUAUUUUUCCUACUAACCAACUGCCGCUUCUUAAGGAAAAGAAAAUUCAGGAACCAGAACUGGAACCAGACAGGAAAUACAAAUGCGAAAAGUGUGCCCGAACGUACAAAAAUAAACCCAGUUUGGUCACUCAUAAAAAAUUCGAUUGUGACGUCGUUCCACAGUUCAGAUGUAAACUCUGCGACAAGCGAUUUAAACGAAAAUUUCACAUGAAUGCCCAUGUAAAUCGCGUGCAUCAUAACACAAACUCAAAUAAGUCGGAAUUGAGGCAUGAAUGUAAUAUGUGUUCUCGAAGUUACACUUUGCUCAGAAAUUUAAAUCGGCAUAAAUAUGUAGAACAUUCAGAAGUCAAAACACGAUUUAUUUGCGACUAUUGUGGCUAUAAAGCGAAUUGGAAAAGUCACUUGUCAACGCACAUUACUGCUUCUCACUUAAAGACGUCGAAACCAAGGUAUAAUUGUAACAAAUGUUCACGAAGUUAUGCUUCACCAAACGGUUUAAGUCGACAUAAAAGCUUAGCACAUGUAUUAGUCGAACCACACUUCAUUUGCGAUUUUUGUGGAUUUAAAACAAUUUCGAAAAGUAGCUUGUCAAGGCACAUUAUUGCUAGUCACCUAAUGACAUCAAAAACAAGGCAUCAUUGUAACGAAUGUUCAAAAAGUUAUGUUUGGUUAAGUGCACUAAAUCAGCAUAAACGUUUAGCCCACUCAGAAUGUAAACCAAAUUUCUUUUGCCACUAUUGUGAACACAAAACGAAUCUGAAAAGUAGCUUGUUAAGACACAUUACUUUACGCCAUCUGAAAUACUGUGACGAUACUUUGGAGAUCAAGGACGAAAUUAUUUUUGAUGGAAAAUCAAGGAGUGGACUUUCAGAAGACCAGGAAGUACACCACAGUCUACAUUUCAAAAAUAAUAAAAAGGAUUUGACUUGCGUAAUUGAAUAUAGCAGUGACGAUACUAUGACGAUCAAGGACGAAAUUAUUUUUGAUGAUCGAGAGACUACAAUCCGUACGUGUAAUGAAAGAUAUGAGCCAAAAUUGUGCGUAUAUAUAAAAAAGGAUAUUUUUCCUACUAACCAACUGCCGAUCCGUAAGGAAAAGAAAAUUCAGGAAUCAGAACUGGAAUCGUACAAGAAGUACAAAUGCGAAAAGUGUGCUCGAACCUACAAAAAGAAACAGAGUUUGGUUACUCAUAAAAAAUUCGAAUGCGACGUUGUUCCACAGUUCGGAUGUAAACUCUGCGACAAGCGAUUUAAACGAAAAUUUCACGUGAAUGCCCAUGUAAAUCGCGUGCAUCAUAACGCAAACUCAAAUAAGUCGGAAUUGAGGCAUAAAUGUAAUAUGUGUCCUCGAAGUUACACUUUACUCAGAAAUUUAAGUCAGCAUAAACAUGUAGAACAUGCAGCAGUCAAAACACGAUUUAUUUGCGAUUAUUGCGGCUACAAAACGAAAUGGAAAAGUCACUUGUCAACGCACAUUACUGUUUCUCAUUUAAAGACGUCGAAACCAAGGCAUAAUUGUAACAAAUGUUCAAGAAGUUAUGCUUCAGUACACGAGAAACUAAGGAGUGCUCUUCCAGAAGACCAAGCAGUAUACCAGAAUCUACUAUUUAAAAAAAAAGAAGAGGAUUUUAAUUGCGUAGUUGAAUAUGGCAUUGACGACACUUUGGAAAUCAAGGAAGAAAUUAUCGAUGAUCCAGAGACUGCAAUUCGUAAAUGUACUGAAAAAUAUGAGCCAAGAUUACGCGUAUAUAUAAGGAACGAUAUUUUUCCUAUUAACGAACUUCCGAUCCGUAAGGAAAAGAAAAUUCAGGAAUCACAGCUGGAACUGGACAGAAAGUACAAAUGCGAUAAGUGUGCUCGGGUCUAUAAAAAGAAAUACAGUUUAGUUGCACAUAAAAAAUUCGAAUGCGACGUUGUUCCACAGUUCGGAUGUAAACUUUGCGACAAGCGAUUUAAACGAAAAUUUCACAUGAAUGCCCAUGUAAAUCGCGUGCAUCAUAACGCAAACUCAAAUAAGUCGAAAUUGAGGCAUAAAUGUAAUAUGUGUCCUCGAAGUUACACUUUGCUCAGAAAUUUAAGUCAGCAUAAACAUGUAGAACAUGCAGCAGUCGUAAAAAAAUUUAAUUGCGAUUGUUGUGGAUUCAAAACAAAUUUAAAGAGUAGCUUGUCAAGACACAUUAUUGCUAGUCACUUAAUGACAUCGAAAACGAGGCAUCAUUGUAACGAAUGUUCAAAAAGUUAUGUUUGGUUAAGUGCUUUAAAUCAGCAUAAACGUUUAGUCCACUCAGAAUUUAAACCAAAUUUCUUUUGCCACUAUUGUGAACACAAAACGAAUCAGAAAAGCAGCUUGUUAAGACACAUUGCUUUGCGCCACUUGAAACAAUAAUAGUGGGCAUUAAAUAUUAAAAUUUUCGAAAUUUCUAAUAUUUUUUUGAAAAACCCAUUAUUUCACAACAUAUGAAG